GCGGCCGCCUGCGAGCGGGGAGCGGAGCGGACGGAGCCCAACAUGGCGGCGCCGAGCCUGGGCCGGCCGUGACGGGGCGGCGCAGCGGGGCCGGGCCGCGGCAUGGCGGCGUGAGGGGCCGUGCCCGCGGGUGAGGGGACGCGCUCGGGAGCAGCCCGCUCCUCCCCCCCCACCUCAGCGCGACCCGGCAGCGGGCAGAGGGGCAGCGCGGAGAGGCCUCGGGCGCCGGGGGAUGGCGGCGGCGUAGCGGGGCCGCACUGCAGAGCCCGCGGAGCCUCCGCGCCGCCGAACCGGCGUCUUGCGGCGGAGGACGGCGCCGCGCUUUUGGCCGAGAGGCUUCGUUGAGCCCGUGCCCGCCCCCCCCCCCGGCUGCGGGGGGCCGGAGCCGGUAACCGGGAGGGGUCGGGGCGAGCAUCGGCCCUUCCCGCAGCCCCGCUUUGGGGGGCUCAGCUCCGGGAGCUUUGACUCGUGCGGGAGCCGAGCGGGGUUAUCGGUGGUGCCCAGCGCAGGGCUCGGCUCCCCGGUGAGGGGGGGAGAGCCGGACCCCCCGGUUGGGAGUGAGCGCGGAGGGCACGGGAUGGGCUGGGGUCUGGGAGGAUAACCCGGCCCCGAGCCCCGCGCUUGGCUUUCUCAGAGGGGUUCUCGCUCGCCCCGGGAGCAGGCGCUGAGCUGAGGGGGCAGCUCGGGGGGUGAGGUGCUGCCAGGAAGGGAGCAGGGAGGCGGCUCCUCUGCAGCGGGGUCGUUGGACAAGAAAUGAGGUAGAGAGCACAGGGCGAGCGCUGGACUUCCCCCGUCCUCCCCGAGCCGGUCACUUAUUAAGUAAGGGGGAAAAAAAAAAAGGUGUUUUUUUGGGGGGAAAAUCAAAUAAUUGGGUGGCUUCUGGCAAGUCAACACCGAAUCCGGCUCCGGAAGUUUGGCUCCGGCGCUGCAAGAGCCACCGGGACCCUGCGGCGGGUGGAAGAAGUCAAGGAGCAAAGGGGAUAGAAGCCUCCGGCACGGCUGCUGUGGGAUUCCGGGAUAUCAGAGCUCCUCGCUAAGGGUUGAGGCGCUGCUGCAGGACGAUGGCCGCCUUCAAGCGGAGCCGAGCACAAGCGUGGCCGGAGGAGCGCGGGGACCGGGAGCACGGGCUCUACAGCCUGCACCGCAUGUUCGACAUCGUGGGCACGCACCUGACGCACCGCGACGUGCGGGUCCUCUCCUUCCUCUUCGUGGACGUGAUCGACGACUACGAGCGGGGCAUGAUCCGCAGCGGGAGGGAUUUCCUGCUGGCGCUGGAGCGCCAGGGCCGCUGCGACGAGACCAACUUCCGCCAGGUCCUGCAGCUCCUGCGCAUCAUCACCCGCCACGACCUGCUGCCCUACGUCACCCUCAAGCGCCGGCGCGCCGUGUGUCCGGACCUGGUGGACAAGUACCUGGAGGAGACGUCCAUUCGCUACGUGACGCCGCGAGCGCACAGCGACGUGGAGCACGGCCUCGGCCACCCCCAGAAAUCAGUGCCUCCCCACCACCCCGUGGUCUGCUGCUCCCCGGCGGGACCCCAGAUCUGUACCAAGAGGCCCGGGCGCAGCAGGACCCUCCUGGGCAGCCAGCGCAAGAGGAGGAAGUCAGCGACGCCGGACCCCAAGGAGAAGCAGACCUGUGACAUCCGCCUGCGAGUGCGAGCCGAGUACUGCCAGCACGAGACGGCGCUUCAGGGCAACGUCUUCUCCAACAAGCAGGACCCUUUGGAGCGCCAGUUCGAGCGUUUCAACCAGGCCAACACCAUCCUCAAGUCCCGGGACCUGGGCUCCAUCAUCUGUGACAUAAAGUUCUCAGAGCUCACCUACCUCGACGCCUUCUGGCGCGAUUACAUCAACGGCUCCUUGCUGGAAGCCCUCAAGGGCGUCUUCAUCACGGACUCGCUCAAACAAGCCGUGGGCCACGAAGCCAUCAAACUGCUGGUCAAUGUGGACGAGGAGGAUUACGAGGUCGGGCGCCAGAAACUCCUGAGGAACUUGAUGCUGCAGACGGCUCCUUGACGCAGCCCCGGCCUCGGGGGGGGCUCCUGCCGGGGGGGCUUUUCCUUAAAGAGAGAGAAAAGGAAAACGAUGGUGGAACACCCCCCCCCCCCCACAUCGGCUCGGUGCAGCACGGGGUUGGAGCCGCGGGGAGAGGCUGAUGUGUGUGUGUCCCCCCCCCCCAAUUCCUGUCACCCACCCCCCCCCCCACCCCCCUCACUUUAUUUUCCUUAUUUUUUUCCUCUUUUAUUUUAUAUCCAUUAAAAACAACAGGAAAAAAAGGCAAAUUCCCGCCUGGGGCACCUCAGUGCUGGGGCCGGGGGAGGUUUGGGCCGGGUGGGCUCAGCCCUGGGGGUGGCUUUGCCCCCCCUCUUGCCCUCUGUCACUAUCACGGGGGGGCGCCGGGGGCUGCCGUGUCCCCCUUGUUUCUCUUCAUCCCCCCCCCAUCAUCCUCCUCCCCGUCGCCUCGGUGGGUUUCUCAGGAGUAAAACCGUCCCCGCGGCGUCCCCCGGACCAUGUGCCUUCGCGUCCCCCCCCCCCGUGCGGGGCCGGGGGGCAGGACCAGCGCCGAGGGACCCCCCCAACCGCUCACCCCGCUGCCAACAGGGACACAGUGGGGCGGGUUGUGGCGCCCUGACCUGCCUGUUGCUGGCAGCAGGCGGCCGAGCCCCUGCCUGCGCUCUGCCCGCACUCGGGGGGCGGCUGCAGCGUGUGGUCCGUGGCCCCCCCAAACCACCCGUGUCCCCCCCCCCGCGGCUCCCGGGGUCUGGGAGGGGGGGUUUUCUCCAGCUCCAUCCCGGUUUUGUGGUGUUUCUCCCCAUCCCCACGCAGCUGCCGGGGGGUGACGACCCCUCGGGGUGGGGGGGGGGGCAGCCCCCCAGGACUCGUGGUGCGUGUGGGGGCCCCCCCAAUCCUCUGCUUACGGACAGUUCUGGCACAACUUGGUGUAAUUUCUGUGACUUCUGUAUUUUUUAAACUCCACUCGAACAUCAUAAUCCCUGUGUAGCUUUUGGGUUUCUUGAAAUAAACAUCUACCGCAGCA